AUGGAAAAUACAUCUCAUUCUGCAUUGCUUGGCAACGAAUCUAAUCAAAUUAAUAACAGGAACGAGGAAUUAGCACGAGCAGAAAUAGGUGUGUCGUCGGCCAUUUUCAUUUUAGCCGUGUUUGGAAACGCUACAGUUUUCGUGGUGUUUCUUCUGCGCGGACGUAGUCUUACACGAAUGCAUUUGCUAAUGUUACAUUUAAGUGCGGCAGACUUAUCUGUCGCUUUCUUCAACGUCUUGCCCCAGCUCAUCUGGGAUGUUACGUACGUGUUUUACGGAAAUGACGUCAUCUGUCGCUUUGUGAAGUACUUCCAGCUCGUGGUCGUGUACGCCUCGGCGUAUGUACUUGUGAUGACCGCCAUUGACCGUUACUUCGCCAUCUGUCGUCCUCUGGUCAGUCACCAGUGGUCAUCUCGGACUGUCCACUACAUGGUAGCAGUAGCCUGGUUAAUUUCGCUCGUUCUUAGUCUUCCACAGAUUUAUAUAUUUUCCUACAUGGAGCGGCAACCGAACGUGUUCGACUGUUGGGCUACAUUUAAUCCUUCUUGGACUUUGGAACUUUACAUUACAUUCAAUUCCGUGACAGUCUACGUCAUCCCGAUAAUCAUUUUGACAUUUUGUUAUGGACGGAUGUGUUAUUCCGUCUGGAAACGAGGCAGGGUUGGUGAACAAGUUGUGUCUUCAACAAAGGUUCAGUGGAAUCAUUCAAAUAUGUCGGGAAAGGAUGCAAACAAUGCCGGAAAUGACCAGAUCGUGAAGGAAGGUAAUUCACAUGGAAAUUCACGUGCCAAAGUGCGCACCGUCCGACUGACACUGACUGUGGUGUUCUGUUUCUUCGUGUGUAGUUCUCCAUUCCACUUCGCUCAACUGUGGGCAGCGUUUGACCCUCACGCACCUUUUACCAGUUCCGCCUAUACCAUUAUCCUAUUGUUGUACAGUCUCAAUAGCUGUACCAAUCCAUGGAUCUACCUCGUGUUCAGUUCCCGGAUGUGGGAAUCAGUAAAGUCGUGUUCACGACUUAGCAUGCGCAGACGUAAGCGGAAAGGCGUUCCAUUAUGGUCAAUGGAUUAGCCGUCACCGCCAGGAACAAUGGAAGCAUCUCGGCCAAUUGUGCCAAGUACGCUACAUUCGAUACAUUUCUCUUCGGUCAGUAAAAUUCCGAGAUGUGCCGAUGAAAACAAUAGCGACAUGUGACGAGAUAUCCCGGAAGUACCCGAAAUGUAUGUUAUAUAGCUUAGUCAACAGCAAGGCGCUUCUUAACCCUGCAUUGUAUACAUCAGAAACACAUGAAUAGUAAAUUGGCUACUUCCGGAGAAGAUGAUGUAGCGAUUCCGAGAUUCGAUGCCAAGUCAUGACAGAAUUGCGGUUGUAGGCGUUUAAGGAGCAGGACAAGUAAACCCUGAAUUAAAUGGCAAAGAGGGGGAGCAAUGACAACAUAUACGUACUCGAGCAAUCAUCAUUUAUUAUAGUCUCUAGAACGACAAACGUUUGAUGUACAGAGAAGAUAAAUAAGAGCUGUGUCUGAAUUUGACAUUUAUUACCUGUUAAUGCUCAGACUUUUGUUUCCAUUCCUCAGUUCGUUUGUCUGACAUACGCCUGCAAUCGUGUCUACUACACACGUACGACAAUGUAGACAGUCUUAGCUCAAUAUCCUUGAUCUUUGGUUCUAUUCGGAUCAAACGGUUUUUUAACAAUUUAAAUCGGCAACAAGCAAUUUAAAAGCAAUUUCAGCUUCUUCUUGAAUUUUCAGAAACUGUGUAGGCAAUCUAAACUCUACAAAGCUUGCAAAGGAGAAGUUUGGGACUUAAUUAAACAGAUGCUGUUGCUUUUACAUUUAGAAGGACAUAUAUAGGAAUUUUCAUAAUUGACAGGGUCUGGGUUAAACACGUAACAAGGGAUACAGGUAACGAGAGAAAAUGCCACGAACAAAGUACACCUGAUACAGAUACCGGCAUCAAACAUUUGUUCUUGCAUUUUUAACUUCGUCACUAAAAGUAAACUAGUUAUGGAAGGUCUGGAUCCCCCACAGAAAUACACUGACAAAGAGAAAAAUGUUCGUAUCGUCUAGACAUCAGAUCCGGACAGCUAUAUAUUUCGGAGCCAUUGGACUAAUGACCCACGUGACCUACCCGGAUGUAAUUGGUCACCGGAACACACGGUCUGCUGACAGAAACAGUAGUAUGGUGAAUGUAAAUCGAUUGAAAGUAGAUAAAAUAACGAAGAAUGUGUAUGGUCCAAAAUAUCAACUUUAUCUUGAUGCCGUUUUUUGUCCUUGUAUAUUCCCUAAAGUCUCUCUAAAAUCGGAUGUUAAAUCUACCAUCGAAUUCAGCGUUGUUUGUUUUUCGUUUGUUUUGUUUUUGUUUUGACGUCUGUCAGAGCUGUUAAGUAGGUAUGAAUACAAAGCCAGACCUGUUGAGAAUUGUCCCUGUGCUGUCGUAGUUCCGUUACACAUGUCUGCCGAUUCAGUUGAGCGAUUUGAGUAUUUGUUGAUGUUUACUUUAUUGAUUAGAUUUUACAGGAUGAAUACAUACCACUGCGUUUGUGUAGUUGUUUGGUUCCAAUGUAACGACGUAGCAGUGUCAUUGGGAGUUAAGAUGUCUGUACGUCGAGGAUAACAACGUCUCGACACCUAACGACUGAGACUUACGUUUCCAGUUUUCUCUGUAAAAAGACAGACAGUCAGUUGACGAUUAAAAAGAUAUUUUUAUCUAGAAUUAUUAGAAUUUAAAUUAAGGGCCAGAGUUAACUAUCCGCCUUGUUCUAACUCCCGUUCGCCGUUAACCCUUCACGUUUCUGUGGUCGAGAUUCAGUCGCAAUUGUUCUUAGCAAAAUGCCGGAAGUGAUAACUCUAUUGGCGAGUCCUGUACUCAUAGAAUUUUGAUGGGACUUAAACAUUUCUAGACAUAGUUUAAUUUAGCAUUUUGGGACUCGUUGGUUUUAGCAAUUCAGGAAAAAUAGGUUGUGAAAAAAAUAUAGAUUGAUCAGUGUGGCGGUAGUUUUAAUCAGUGUGGCGGUAGUUUUAAUCAGUGUGGCGGUAAUUUUAAUCAGUUAAACUCAUUUGAAUAGUGUCACGGUUCAGAAACAAACAUGCUUGGUGCUCUAUUGAACCCGAUAUUUGAAAUUACGACAAUUAUUUAUUUGUUUUGGCUUUUACACGUUCCUUCCGGGUUCUGACAUUUCUUUAGACCAAUUUUGAACAUCCUUCCAAGCCUGCUUUAGAUCAUUAACAAACAACUGUAGGAUAUUAUAUCUAACUCGUAAUGACUAUUGAAAUGUGUGUCUUUGGUAUACUGAUACGUCUUUUGAAAUAUAUCGCCCGAUGAACAGCCAUGGUCAUUUUGAGGCGGGGUUUCAUUGUAGUAGUUGGUGACUACAUCACUGAAGAAUAUACGGCAGGCCCGUCGUAUGACAUCCGCAGCAAUAAGGGUAAAGUUUCUUACUCAAGGCACAAGAACGACAGCACAUACCGGUCAAUUCCUCAGCCUCCCGAGAAACACAAACCAACACGGGUGGGGAUCGUCCGGGAGCACGCUCCUCAUGGGAUCUUGUUAUGGGGUAAUAACCUGAGAUUACGUGACCGGCGUUCUUACCGACUGAGCUAUCACGGCUCCCAUAAUUGGUUCCUGUAUUAUAAACAUUUACCAAAAGAUUAAAAUUAAUACCAGUGUCCUAAUGAUAAUUUAAAGACCUUGAUUUAGAUGUAAAACAUGGAGGCAUAGCACCAUGAGAUU